ACUUUCCAUCACCUGGUCCUGGACGGUCCAGGCCCCUGUGUGAUCGGAUGGUACUUGGCCGAGCUGUGGAUUGUGUAUAAAUGCAGUGAGCUUUUCACCUUGAUCCAUCGCCAUCAUCGCACUCACAUCCACUUCCAUCUCCUCAACUCCGAUUCUGAGAUCUUUUCGGACAAUCAGCCCAAAUCGGUCAAUCCCGUCACAAGACCCACAAAAUGCAUAUCUCAGCCCUCUUCUCCGCUGUCUUCAUCGGCGCCGCUCUCGCCGCUAAGAGUUGCAGACAGUGCGAUUGCACAUUCACGUGGAGCAAAGCCGAUCCUCGUCCGAGAAUUGCUCCAUCGAGCCAGGCCCAGGUCCAGUCCAAGGCUGAACGAUGGCUCGACUUGUACGUCGCGAACAGCGACUACGAGGACUUCCAAAUCAAGCCAGCUGUAGGCGCCAGCUGCCCUGCCGACACAUCUCUCCCAUGCGAUUCAUACACAGCCGACUUCAAGGCCUGGAGACUGUGCCAGAACGGCGGAUCUUUCGUCUGCAGCCAAGAUGAUGAUGGAGGAAACUACAACAUGAAGUGCACCUGCACCCAGUCUGUCGACUGCAGGGGUAACUGCCGGAAGGGCUGCCCAGCACUUCCAAACUAAGGAUAUCCGCGAGCGAAUGAUGGGAUAAUGGAUGGGAUACUGCAUAUGACAUGGUUUCUGUUACGAGAUGGAUUUCAGGUGUAGCAUUGUAUUGUACAAUUUCAAG